AUGAAGAUUAACACGUCUCUGUCGACAUUAUUCCUCACGUUAUUGGUGGUCAUUGUGGUUGCUGUUAUAAGUGAUAGUGAUGCCGUUACCCCUACAAAUUUGGAGCCUAUCCCGUUGACAUACAAAACUUUUACGAAAAAAAUUUCAAAGGGUACCUGGCUGGUUAAUUUCAUGUCCCCUUAUUGUUCACACUGUAAAAGAUUUGAACCAAUAUGGAAAUCACUUUCCGAGGAAUAUGCACCUUUUCGUAGAACAAAAAAAUUUUUUAUUGCCGAAUUUGAUUUUAAUAUUCGUCUAGAUCUCGCUGUACAAAAUGAUGUGACAUCAACUCCCACAUUAAUUUUAUUCAAUAAUGGCCAAAAAAUUGAAAAAUACACAGGCGGAAAAGACAUUGACUCUGUCAAAAAAUACAUUCUACAAAAAUCUGACGAAUACAAAAUUUCAACCGAUUCACAGCCAGAACCUGAACCUCUGUUCAAGAAGAUUAAAAAACCGGUUGUGGCGCCAAAUCAAGAUGGAAAAGUUGUGGUGCUUGGCGCGGCUAAUUGGGACUUGACUAAUGAUUCGGGGCCUUGGUUUAUCGAUUUUUUUGCUCCGUGGUGUCCACAUUGUAAGAAUUUGGCUCCCAUUUGGGAGGAAUUAGCACCAAAAUUAAUAAAUAAAGUUAAUUUCGGAAGUGUUGAUUGUACUGUUGAAGGAGAUCUUUGUAGUAAAUAUGAAGUUCGUGGAUAUCCAUCAUUAAAAUUAUUCAUGUAUGACGAUAUAAUUGAAUAUAAAGGGGCUCGAAAACUGCCAGAACUCCUUGCGUUUGCAGAAAAGGCAGCAACGGCAGGAAUAGUUGAAAUUGCAGCUGACGAAUUUGAGCAUACAAUGAAAAAGAAAGAUGUGUCGUUUAUUUAUUUGUACGACGAUCAAACUCCGGCGGAUUUAUUGGAUAUAAUGGAUUCAUUAGCCCAUACUUUCUUCGCAAAUGCCAAAAUUUACUCUAGCAAAGAUCCACAACUUGCACAAAAUCUUAAAGUCUACCAAGUACCAGCACUAGUCGUCAUAAAAGACGAGAUACAUAAAUCUUAUCAUGGAACAGAGCCAUCCGCAUUCCGAGACAUCGAGAGUCUCAAAAAAUGGAUAGAUUCUGAAAAAUAUCCAUUGGUCGUUGCACUAAACUCUGAAAACUCGGAAGAAAUAUUGAGCGGCGACCGACUAGUCGUCUUGGGUGUUUUCGAUCCGAAGAGUGGCAAGGUUUUCAAUAAAGCCAAAGCGUCAUUGAAAAGUGUUGCUCGAAGAUACUUUCUGCAGGUAAAAAGACGUGGUGGAACAGAAGAAGGGCGUGCAGUCAUUUUUGCGCAUAUUGAUGGUAGCAAAUGGUCCGAUUACAUCUAUCGUGUUUAUGGAUUGAAAUCCACUGAUUUGCCGUCUGUUAUAAUCACCGAUCCAACGGUUGAAGAGUAUUACGAUAAGACAAAGAACGGAAAUAAAUUAACCUUUGAGGAAUUAUUUGACGCUAUUCAUGAUGUAAAGAAACAUUUAUUAAAGGGAACAAGCACAAUGAAUUUUAUGGAAAGAGCAAUAAAGCAUUCGUAUCGAAAAGUAUGGAAUCAUCCAUUCAUCACAUUGAUGUUUAUUGGAGGUUCCUUAGCUGGAAUUUGGUAUUGGUGUUUUUCGAAACCUGCUAUCAAGAAUGGAAGAGGCUCCUAUCAUCAUCCAUCAGAACGAGGAAUGGCCACAUCGACAAAAACCAAGAAACUUACUGAUCAAGAAAUCACAAUUCAAUUUAAUAAUAUGAAAAGUGAACUGCAAACUCUUGCACAAAAGUUAGGAGAAUUAGAACAAGAUGCCGAGGAACACAAAGCAGUGAUUGAUACUCUAGUCCCACUAAGUGGUGAUCGCAAAUGUUUUCGUCUAGUUGGCGGGGUACUUGUAGAACGGACAGUUAAAGAAACACUGCCGGCUUUAAAUACAAAUCACGAGGGUAUUCGAAAAGCAAUGGAUACACUUUUGGCGCAAUACAAGAAAAAGGAAGAAGAUUUUAACGCGUUUCAAAAAGAGCAUAAUAUUCGUGUGGUGUCUCGAUAA